UGGGUUUUUCCAAGGUGGGCGGGGCUUGUAGAGAGGCGUUGCCGCAUAGUGUGUGACUGGCAGAUACAUAUAUAAUAUAUAUACAUAUAUGCUGCAGUACACUUACAUUGCGCACUUCCCUCUCGCACCCACCUCAUAGUCACCAUAAUAAGGAGCAUAAAAGAUGGCUAACUACAUCCACGUACCCGAGGAGGCGCCGGCCGUGCCUACAAUGGAGGUUAGGGUGGAGGAGAGCGACUACAGGAGCGGCGCGCUCAGUCUCAUGAAGGAGCUCAGACCCAACUGGAAGCCCUCAGAGGUCAAAUUGAAGUUCUUCACAGACGGCAUCACAAACAAGCUGCUGGGAUGCUACGUGGGCACAGCCCUGCAGGAUGUGGUCCUGGUUCGUAUCUAUGGCAACAAAACGGAACUUUUGAUCGACCGUGAAAACGAGAUCAAGAGUUUUCGCGUCCUGCACGCGCACCGCUGCGCCCCGCGCCUCUACUGCACUUUCAGCAACGGCCUCUGCUACGAGUUCCUGCAAGGGACGGCCUUGGAGCCCGAGCACAUUCGCAGCCAGCCCAUGUUCAGGCUCAUUGCCAGGCAGCUGGCCAAGUAUCACGCCAUCCACGCUCACAACGGCUGGGUGCCCCAGUCUGACUUGUGGCUAAAGUUGGGCAAGUACUUCUCACUCAUCCCUAAGUACUUCACCGACCCUGAGCAGAACGCAAGGUUGAACACGGAGGUGCCCAGCCCACGCUGCCUCCGUGAAGAGCUGCUGUGGCUCCAGCAGAGCUUGUCAGUGCUGGGCUCCCCCGUGGUCCUGUGCCACAACGACCUGCUGUGCAAAAACAUCAUCUAUAACCAGCAGGCAGGGAACGUAAAGUUCAUCGACUACGAGUACGCUGGCUACAACUACCAAGCCUUCGACAUUGGCAACCAUUUCAACGAGUUUGCUGGCUUGAACGAGGUGGAUUACAGUCGCUACCCAGACAGGGGGUUCCAGCUGCAGUGGCUGCGCUCCUACCUGGAGGCCUACAAUGAGCACAAGGGUGUGAGCACGCAGGUGACUGACACCCAAGUGGAGCUCCUUUACGUGCAAGUCAACAGAUUUGCUCUGGCCUCACAUUUCUUCUGGGCUCUCUGGGCUCUCAUUCAGGCCAAAUUCUCCACCAUUGACUUUGACUUUUUGGAGUACGCUCUGGUGCGCUUCAAGCAGUACUUCAAGAUGAAAGCAGAAGUGACAACGUUGAGCCUUCCAGAAUAGAGGACACCCCCACCACCACCACCACCACCACCACCACCACCACCACCACUUCCUCCGCCACUUCCUACUGCUCUUUCUGGCCCCCACCCUGCUGUACAAGCAUAGAGCGCCCCCUGUGGUGCACAUGGGAAGUCACUGCUAAUGUGAAGCCUGGCAGACACCAAAGGAACCUGGCACAGGUGAGCCAACACUAAUGGCAUCGCUGCCAUGGCAACCCCCCAAGCUACACAAAGCAGAGUUUAGUUUGGCAGCAUUAUUUAGUCCAAGAGGAGUCUGGCAUUCCAGGGUUUAGUGGAAGCAAUGUGAAGACUAACAAGGAGGGGCUUUUAUUCCACUCACUUCUCUUCCAAGUCAUGUGACCUGUAGUCUACUUCCUGGCAGUAGUGAUGAUGUUUACAUCACUUUCUCAUCUUCGCUGUAGUAUAAUGUUUAUAAUGUACAUUAUUGCUCUUUCAAAUGUGCUUUUUUUUUUAAGUGAGAUGUGAAAUAUGACUUUAAAUACUGUAAACAAGCUUGAGAAAAUUAAAACUUGUAUUUACUCUUA